AUGGCAUCAGGAAGAGCAGACGCCGAGAAGGAAAUCAAGCGCAACCCCCACGGCGACUUCAAAGCGGUAGAAGCCUCGCGCCCACCCUUUGACCAAACUUCAUCCUUCCACUACACGCAAACCCCCAAACCAGGUUGGGAGGUUGGCGCCGGCCCCAAUACGUCGUCCAGCCUAGAAAAGUCGCAUCGCUCAAUUGAACCCUACGAAGAAGGCCGACCUGUGGUAAACAACUACAAACUGCUCAUCUCGGCCAUUGUGCCCCGCCCCAUCGGCUUCGUCUCAACCAUAAGCGCAGAUGGCGCCUCCACAAACCUCGCGCCUUUCAGCUACUUCAACCUCGUAAAUCAUGAUCCACCCAUGUUCGUCAUCGGCUUCGCCGGCGGCAUGGACAAGGCCAAAGACACACUGAAGAACUUGCUUGAUACCAAGGAAGCUGUUGUCAACAUCAUCACAGAAGAGUACAUUGAAGCAGCGAAUUUUACAUCAAUUAAUGCGCCGACGGGCAUCAGUGAGUGGGCGUUUAGCGGGCUGCAUGCUGAGAAGAGCAAGUUUGUGAAGCCGGAUAGGGUGAAGGAAGCGGUGUUUAGUGUUGAGGUCAAGCUUGUUAAUUCGGUCGAGUGGACGAGUAAGAAUCCUACUACGCCGGAUAAGAAGACUGGUGUUACGGUUUUUGUGGAGGGGGUCAAUUUUUGGGUUAGGGAGGAUGCGAUUGAUGAACAGGGUGUGCUUGUUGAUCCUGCUGUGCUCAAGCCGGUGUCGAGAUUGGGUGGUAUCACGUAUGCGCGUGUGACUCAGGCUUUUGAACUCCCGAGACCGGAUUAUGACGAAGUUACCAAGGAUCCUGAGGUUGCUAAGUUGGCGCGGCCAAAGGGCAAGACUCAACUGUAGAGGUUUGCGAUGUUUCGGUGUUGUGCACAACAUCUAUCAAGUGCUUCAUAGAAUGGUAGAUAUAUUACAAGGCA